CAAGUAAUAAACGCUUCUGGAAACCCUUGACAUUCAUUGCCAUGCUUUACGAGCUAAAUUGCUUAGCGGAGGUCUUUUCACGGGAAACGACUGGUCGAAUUGAAGGAUAAUGUAUAUCUAGCGAAUCUUCUCAUUAAACAAUUACAAACAAAGAACAAUGAAACCCAGCUGUAAUGUGUAUCAAAUACUCGACAAACGAGAAAAACGAUCUCGACAUUUCAACUACAUCAUCUAACUGCACGCAAAACCGAGGGGGAUGACACUCCCGCGAUGAGCUCGCGAUUCAACUGCGAUGACCUUCGAUGAACGCGAUCUGCCACGAUUGCCAAGAAUGAGCGCGAUCUGGCGCGAUUUCACCGCGAUGUGAGCGCGAUGUAGAAAAAUCGCGCGAUGUGAGCUGUACACUGCUCGAAUGAGUUUGACAGCAACCAAAUGACAGGUCUUGCUGAAAUUCAAUUCGAGCAGUGAAAGAGCAAAACAAAACAAAAUAAACACGUGGGAAAAGUGGAUGUUGGAGGAUAAAUUUUCCACCGGAUUUCCAAAACCAGGAAGAAGGACACCCGAAAGCCCGCCAUGAAAGAGAUGGACGGCGGCCUCGAGAAUUUUCGCCGAAGAAGACCAAGCCGGAAUGACCCCUGUGAAAGGCGAGGAAGUCACCGCCGUCGAUUCGCCAGCCCAAGCGACAUCCCAUGUCGACGCUCCAGAUGAGUCCUUGAGCUGGAAAUCGUCGUGGAACCCGCACUCUUUGAGCCCAAUUCCAACCCGAUCCCCUGCCUUCCUUGCCACAUUCCUCCCAGAUUAUGGUUUUCGUAGAAUCGGUGCCAGAGAACGUCAUCCAGACUACGAACAACCCAAUCAGUUAGCUGGACGCACAAUCGCUCGAGCUGGCCGGUUGAUUCGGUGGUUUUGCAUACACGCCGGCGGCCACGACCGCAACCAGUAAGGCCACGAGCAGUGCCGCGUGCUGCCAGAGAGAAGGUUUCCGAUAAAAGUAGCAGUGGUAUCUCGUUAAGUAACAGCCCGGCAAGAAGCAGCUCGAGCUUGAGUGGCGGAAGACCCACGACAACGACCAGUAGCAACAACCGAAGUGAUCCGCUGUACCACUUGCAGCAGCUGUAACUGUGGCCACGGCUGUUGGAAAUAGCAGCAGCAUCAGUUCCGAGCACGAUAAGCUGCUCAACUAGCUAUGCAACCAAAUAGCCCAGGUCCCCCCGGAUAUACCACCAUUCAGCUGCGGACGGACCGUCGUCCAAUGACGCCGAACUUCACGAGGUCACGACAUCCGGUCGGACCUACUGCCCAUGCCCACGCGGGUUUGUCUAGGUGCACGUGUCCAAUAUCAUUCAGCAUACGGCUAUAGCGCACGACAUGAAGGACGACAUGGAAAGACGACACGAGGACGAACGAAACCAUGUCGGAGUGCAUCGUAGAAAUCAACCCUAUCUGAACCAGUCGCUCGAGACGGUCAACCCGGAGGAUGGUUUGGUGGUGGCGGUGGACGGCUCGCGGGUAACCAUCUACAACUACGAUGGGUCGAGUGCAUCAACGCGCUCAACGGUUGCCCCGAUAUACCGAUUGCCGAUUGGAAAUGGCAAACAACCUCAGCUGUCAGGACCUUGACGCGUACGCGAACCUAAUCGGCAUGAACGAGUUCUGCAAGACGCGAUGGGCAGGCAACCAGAACCAGCUGGUGACGUCAGGGACGUCGUCGCCAAUCGGAGACGACCUGGCCGACGUCGAGCAGUGUGAUUUUCGGCAGAAAGCGGCCGCGGCUGGCCAUCCGAUGACAUUCGACCCGAACCAUAAGAUCUCGGACAAGCUUCGGCUGCGGAGUUGCUCGAGAGGAUGGUUCGGCGGAGGUGGCGAACGGCUCGCGGGAAACCAUGUGCAACUACGAGACAUUUGAGUGAAUCGCCAAGGUAAUCCACGCGAGCUUGUACACGUGAUCGUCCAAGAGUUGCUGCUGCCGAGCAUGUGGAAUCGGAUACACUUUUUAUACCACUAGAAACGCCGUUUGACCAGCUUAGAAAGACCCCAGCUCGGAGCAGUAACCGCGCAUUCAGUAGAAACUUGAAGAAGCAGUUGAGUGUGCAAUUGUAGUAGUGUUCAGGUUCAGGCUUCGCUUAAAAUUUACCAAAUCUGAAAUAUAAUGUGUUUGAUCAAAUAAGCGUUUUAUAGAUUUAACAAUUGAGCGGGACCAAACCCAAAACUACUUCCAGCAGUACGCCGAAGCAAACCGCGGAACGUUCGGCGUUGACCAACUUGACGAUCUGGACAACAAAUUCCUGAUGCUCACGCAGCGCGUCAACACCGUCUUCGCGGAGGCCGCCUUCCAAAGCAUCUCCUGCGACCUUCUCCACUACCUCAAAGACAUCCCCGAAAGGUGCCACGAAACCUGGGUCAAAUCACCAACUCGAGCGCCCUCCAGCUCGCUCGAAUAUUCAAUGGAACCACCAUCUACUGCAUCGUAGUGGACGGAACGUUCGGGGUCUUCUUUCGCCGCGAUUUCGGCUUCACCUCAACCGCCUCUGUCGCCUUCAUCGGUAUCCUAUUGUUCCAAAUCAUUAAAUAUUUGACCAACAUCACCAAAAACAUCAGCCAGCAGAAACGCUGAAAAAACUUCAUCAACCGAAUCUACUUCGCCUUCACGACGUGCGUGCUCUGCUCGAACAUCUCCAUCGUGCUAGAACAAAAGAUCCUCUCGUACGUACUGGUUAGCCCUUCCUGUUGGCCAUCUACAACGUCAAAAAAGCAACCACGAUUUUUGCCUUGCGCUGGUCCGCCCUUUCCAAAACUACUCGCACUAGCGUUGCUCGGAAUAGCGCUGGUUCGCAUCUGCAGUGGGCACUUCCGGUGUCACGAGGAGCAGGGCAACUGCACCGACUGCCUGGUGAACGUCCCGGAAGGCGACCGGAUUGGGUGCCGGGGUGCCGGUCAAAGC